AUGUCUCGCCGCACAAAGAACAGUAUGUCUACGCUUUCAGAAGCUGAUGUUGAAAACUUUGUGGCGGAAUUGUCCAGCACAGAUAACGAUAAAGAACACGUUUGCCCAACAGAGAUGUCUGACCAUAAAAGCGAGGAUGACAGCGAAACAAGUCAGCGAAAAUUGAACGAGCACAUGGUCAAUGUUAUCGACGAAACCGAAGGAAAAGCUGAAGCCGAAGUAAACACGAAGCGUUUAAACAGCGAUGUAUACAAGAGCUACGAAGAAGAAAUAGCCAAAAUAAUGACAAUAAUAAAUCAUAUGAAAUCAAAACAUGAUGAAGAUAAUCGAAAUGCCAUCGCACGAGAGUUAGCCUCGGGAGCAAAAAUAAAAACAUUGCAAGAUGUCAACAACACAAUGGCGGCUGAAAUUGCAUACCUAAAUCACACAGUGUCAGAACUUACCACUGACAAUGGGAAUAUAAAAAUAAUUCUUGACAUCAAACAGAAUGAAUGGGUAAAAGUGUCGGGAAAACCUAGUACUCCAAAGGAAAAUGAAAAGAAAUUGCCCAGCACCAAAACAUUAAACAGUUUUGAAGUCCUAGUUGAUGAAAAUGAUGAAAAUAUAUCAUCGUCUGAAUUAGCUUCAACCGAGAAAUCGAAGGAUAACAUCAACAGCCAAAUCUUGGACUACCGAUCAACGAAUAACUCAAAAUUCCAAAAUCUGAAAACGAAUCAGAAGAGCCAAGCACAUGGUCAUAUUAAUAAAAAGAAGAACCAAGUCCUUUCUCAGAAGUCUGUUGCAGGAAAACAGAAAGAAUAUAGGAAGAAAGUUUUGGUGAUUGGCGACUCAAUGGUGAAACACAUUGAUCAGAAGAAGAUUGAACGGGCUGCAGGUUGUGACUCAGUCGUUCACUCUUACAGUGGUGCAAGAGUGGAGCAUAUUGACGCGAAGUUUAAGGAAUAUUGGUCAGAAGAUGAGCAACACGAGGCUGUUAUUCUUCAUGUGGGCACCAAUAACCUUGGCUCUGAAGAUCCAGAAGCAGUUGCUGCCAAGAUGGAUGGGCUUGUUGCCAACCUUAAAGAUCAUUCCAAAAAGAUUGCCAUAUCCAGUGUCAUAAAAAGGUAUGAUAACCGAGUGCCAGCUAGCAAGAUUACCCACUUUAAUAAUUUAGUCAGCGAAUUAUGUGUGAAACAUAAUAUAGCAUUUUUAAAUAAUGACCAUAUAGACAGGUCAUUCCUAAAUCGCUCAAAUUUGCACUUGAACCAGUCAGGUGAUAGGGUGCUUGGAAGUGCUUUCUGUGCAUAUUUAAAAUCAAUUAGAGUUAAAACUGCUGGUAAUAUACCAAAAACAGUAGGUAAUAAUAGGCAGUUUUUUUACCAAACUCACAGACAUUGGAACAGAGAAUGGAUGAUGUAUCUCCAACAUGUCAAUCAAAUAAUGAAUCAUUAAGUAAUAAUAGUUCCUCAAACAAUGUGAGUAGCGAUUUUUUCACUAGCCUUAACUCCAUUCCAAAUGAAAGAGGUUUUAAAAUGGCUUUUCUUAACAUUGUUAGUCUGCUCCCAAAAAUUGAUGAAAUAAGGUAUUCAAUGUCAAACAAACACGUUGACCUUAUUGCUUUCAAUGAGACACGCCUCAAUUCAAGUGUUAAUGAUGGCUUGAUUCGAAUUAAUGAUUAUGAUGUUGUGAGAAAAGACAGAUCAAGAAAUGGGGGUGGAGUUUGUAUAUACUUGCGUAGCUCCAUCAACUAUAAAGUAAGACAUGAUCUUGUUCCAUCUGAACUAGAGGCUGUUUGUGUGGAAAUUAUAAAGCCACAUAGUAGACCAUUUCUAGUUAUAACAGUUUAUAGACCACCCAGUUCAUCAUCUGAAUUCUUUGAUCAUCUUGAAAAAUUAAUCAAAGCUAUUGAUGAUGAAAACAAGGAAAUGUAUUUUCUGGGUGAUCUAAACUGUGAUAUGCUAAAACCAGAUAAGGAUUCAAAUCCUCCAACAAAAAAAUUAAAGUCAUUAUACGAGUUAUAUCAACUAUCACAAUUAAUUGAUGAAGCUACCCGGGUAACUAUGACAACCUCUAGUCUAAUUGAUCACAUAGUUACAAAUACACCAGAUGUGUGUGUCAUCCAUACUGGAUUAAGUGACCAUAGUUUAGUAUUUGCCCUAAGGAAAAUUUACUUUUUCAAAAAACAAGAAAACAAAGUUGAGAUUAGAAAUAUGAAAAAAUUUGACAAUCAAAAAUUUGUUGAAGAUUUAAGCCGACAGCCCUGGGAGAAUGUUUAUUUUUUUGCAGAAGAUCCAAAUGAUAUGUGGAAAAUUUGGAAGAAAUUGUUCUUAAAUGUCUUAGAUAAACAUGCACCAAUUCAACAGAAAAAGAUUAGAACAAAAAAAGUUCCUUGGAUAACAAGUGUCAUAAAGAAUCUUAUGAACACAAGGGACAGAUUAAAAAGAAAAGCCAUUAUCACAAACCUAGAGAUAUACUGGUUAAAUUAUAAAACAGCAAGAAACAAAGUUAAUAUUCAGCUAAAAAAUGCCAAAAAAGAUUACUACUCCACUAAGAUUGCUGGUCAAAAACACAACCCCAAAGAGGCGUGGAAAACUAUAAACAAUAUAUUAGGUAGGCAAAGCAAACCAACAGUUGUAAACGAGUUAAAAGUAGGUGAAAAUAUCUUGACUAAUACCCAAGAUAUUGCUGAGGGGUUUAAGGAUUACUUUUCAAAUAUUGGCCCUGAUCUUGCUAGCAAAAUUGAUUCUACAAAUUUCAACUAUGAAACAUAUGUUGAGAAUGCUAAAUCAGAAUUCGCUGCGUUCCAGCCAGUCACUGUCCAGAAUGUCUACCAACUCUUACAUUGUCUUUCUAGCAAUAAAGCUACUGGAGUUGAUAAGAUUUCAUGCAAAAUUAUUAAAAUAGCUGCACCUGUCAUUUCAGAUUCCCUAACAUACAUAUUCAAUCAAGCUAUUACUCUAUCCAUUUUCCCUGAUGAAUGGAAAACAGCUAGAGUAAUACCUCUUUAUAAGAAUGGCCAACGAAACAUGCCAGGAAAUUACAGGCCAAUUUCAGUUUUGCCAACCAUUAGUAAAAUUAUGGAACGAAUUCUAUAUGAUCAACUAUAUGAUUAUUUCACUAAAUUUGGGCAUCUAAGUGAUUGUCAAUUUGGUUUUCGAAAAUUUCACUCUACAACUACAGCAUUACUGGACUGUACAAACGAGUGGUAUAUGAAUCUAGACAGGAAAAAAUUUAAUCUGGUAAUCUUAAUUGACCUAAAGAAAGCAUUUGAUACUGUUGACCAUCAAAUUUUAUUGAAAAAGCUAGAGUUAUAUGGAGUAAAAGGGCAAGCCCUAUCUUUUGUCCAAUCGUAUAUCUCCAAUAGAAAGCAGAAAUGCCAAAUUCAAAACUCUCUCUCAUCAGAGAAACUGAUCAAAUGUGGAGUACCACAAGGCUCUAUUUUAGGGCCACUAUUUUUCCUACUAUAUAUUAAUGAUUUGCCUCAAUGUCUAUAUAAAACAAAACCUCGGCUGUUUGCUGACGAUACGAACCUGACAGCUUCUGGAGACUCUAUUACUGAUCUUGAGGCUGCAGUGAAUUCUGAUUUAGAAAAUCUUAGAAAAUGGCUAAUUGCCAAUAAACUUAGCCUAAAUGUAGCUAAGACAGAGUUUAUGUUAAUUGGCUCUAAACACAUGAUUAGAAGUAUUUCAGAUCUACAACUAAACGUUAAAAUUGAAAACGAAUCAGUUAAGCAAGUUCAUGAAUCCAUAACCCUUGGGGUGACAAUUGACCAGCAUUUAUCUUGGAAAAGUAACACUGAGAAUAUUUGCAAGAAAAUAACAUCCGGUAUAUCUGCUCUUAGACGACUGAAAGAAUUUGCUGAUAAGCAAGCCCUUCUUUCUGUGUAUAAUGCUAUUGUACGCCCAUACUUCGAUUACUGCUGUGAAGUAUGGGAUGUGUUUGGUGAGACACAAUCAAAAAGACUCCAAAAACUCCAAAAUAGAGCUGCUCGAAUCAUUAUGAAUAUGAGCAAUGACACAGAUCAUUCUGUUGCUCUGCAAGCAUUGGGUUGGAAGACACUUAAAACAGAAAGAAAGAAAGUGAAAGCAAAAAUAAUGUACAAAUUAUUAAAUAAAAUGGGUCCCAAGUCACUCUCUAAUCUUUUCACAUAUAAAGGUGAGAAAACAAAGUAUCACCUCCGAGAUAUUUCAAGUGGUCUUUGUCUACCACAACCGCGUACUAAUAAUAUGAAAAAAAGUUUCAUGUAUGACGGAGCACACCUAUGGAAUUCAAUUCCAAAAGAAAUUAGAGAGAGCAAAUCCCUUUCUGCCUUUCGGAAAAAAAUCGUUACUCACAUUGACUGAUUGAUUAAUGAUUUGUAAAUAUAUCUAAAUUACUUUAACUUAUUUAAUACUAUAUAUCUUAUAUAAUUUUGUAAAUAGCUUUUUAGUGUAUCUGUAUAGUUUGCACAUGCCCCCCGUGGAAAUCAGCUUCGGUUGACGGGGUCAGCAUGUUUAAAUAAAGUUUUUCUAUCUAUCUAUCUAUCCUAUAAUUUUAAAAUUCCAAUACUUGAAUGGUUAUAAAAGAAUUCUGUACUUUACUGUAAUCAGGGCCGUAGUGAAGAGGAUAAAGAGGGGGGGGUAGUAUCACAUUUGCCGACAACAUUGCAGUCGCGAAGGGGAGGGGGGGAGUCACAAAAUUUUUUCCAGACAUACGAAAAUUUUUCCGGACAUAUAAUUUGUUACAUUUCACGGUAAUUUUCGUAAAUUGAGCAUAAUGUUCGCUAUAAUUAUUACUUUUUUAAUCCGAGCCACUCAAAUAUUUUCGCUCACUACGAAAACAAUUUGCGGAUAAAUUCGUUAUUUUGCUGACAAGACGUUUUCAGAAGGGGUGUCACACCCUACACCCCCCUAUAGCGAUGGCCCUGACUGUAAUUUAUUCUCUGCUGGUACAUAAGCAAAUCACUUACAGAAUCACUGUUUGUGUGUUGGCCGGUAGACUGCUGUUGCUGCAUAGUUGACGGUUCCACCUUGCUUCCAUCUUCGGGUAAGGUAACUGGUUCGGGUAUUACUUCAGAAAGCUCCAAGUUUAAUUUUUUUCUGCAUUGCGAGCAUAUUGCUAGAAAAAACAAAUGCGCAAAUUCUACUAUGAAAUUAAUAAUUAUGUCAAAGUUAUAAAAUUCUUGUCAUGCAUCUUUUAGUGUUUUGCACAGAUGCCAAGCAACGAGCAUCAUAAACAAGUAAUAUCAUACUAUUCUUUUAUUGUCCGCAUAUUUAUAGAUCUGUUUAUGUAUUAAUUGCUUGACCUUAUUAUUAACCUUGACCACUUCCGUUCACUAAUUUUUUUGUUUACAUCUGGAAAAACACCACCGUAUUUGGCCCUCAAUUCUCACGGUAAACUUUCAACGUGACAAGGCGAUUAUCGGAAACAUUUUGUCUUCUACCCUUCUUGUAAAAGUUAAACUCAAAGUGAAGAGAGUGGCAGUAAAACUACCGUACAAGUAAACAGGCAAGUAAAAUUACAGUAAGUCUCGCAGUUCAUAAUUCCGGUCUAUGAUUAUUGGCUAUUUUUAAACAGAUUUAAAAAUCACUUGUUCUAAAAAAUUACGCAUAAACUUGCGCAUUUAUUAUAAGUAAUAGUCGCUAAAUUUCUAACACAUUUGCUAAAAUGUAUAUCUAAUAAUUGUUUGUGCUGCUAACUUGUAAUUUUUACCUUUUUACCAUGGUGUUAUAGUUCGUGAUGUCGGCAGCACGUUGCAUUCAAUAACUGUCAGGGUGCCUUGUGUCUUAUGCGAAAAUGUUGCGCAGUUUAAUUUUCCCAAGGAUUUUACUGCAUAAGGAGUAAGAACAAAGGUUGCACUUUCGCCAGGUAAAAGUCUUAAGAAACAAUGCCAUGUACCAGUGGAUGAUAUUUACAUUCAAACUUCAUUAAUUUUCUGUUGAUUGCAAAUUAACCUAAAUUUACAUGUCUGUGAAACUUAAAGGAUUACAUUUAAUUCCACCAAAAUAUAAUUUCCUGAGGGGAAAUUAAUCCUAUUUCCUGCUCACGUUUUCCAAAUUUUACAACACGAAGUGUUCAAAAAAUUUGGGCCCUCUAUAGUACUCUAACAAAAAUGGCCGGCACGACACAGAGAACGUGGAAGACCAAGAAAUUUUCGUCAAUCAGCCGGAAUAUUCAUUCGAUUGAGCUGAAACUUUGACAGAACUAAUAUUUCAUCUUCAUCGUUAUUCUGUGAAAUUUUGAGUCAAUUCGAUUUUCGCCGUAUGAAACUCGAUAUUUGAUAUUUACAGGGAGCCGCUCUUAAGCUGUUAUAUUCACCUACAAGUGAAUAUAACAAAACUGAAAUUUUCAAAAAUGAAUGGCGGCUAGCCGUUUUGUGGAAGUUUACUGAUAAAGAAAUAAGCGAAAUUAAAAUAAAUUCAGUACCAAAUAACACAAAAGACUUCUGUCAAAAUACUAAAACAAUUAUUUGCCUCGGUCUCAGUGAUUAUUGGCGAAUAUUCACCUCAGCAAAUAUUUAACAAUUAUUUGCCAAAGGCGAGGUGAUUAUCGGGUUUUACUGUAGUAUUUUUAUACAAGUCUUUUGUGUUAUUUGGUACUGAAUUUAUUUUAAUUUCACUCAUUUCUUUAUCAGUGAACUUCCACAAAAUGGCUAGCCGCCAUUUUGAAAAUUUCAGUUUUGUUAUAUUCACCUGUAAUUGAAUAUAACAGCUUAAUAUGUGUAGGAUUUGUUAUGUUCACUUGUGCAAAAAUACUAAUCCCCGAUAUCACCUCGCCUUCAGCAAAAUAAUUGUUAAAUAUUGUUUUCUUAGGACUACCUUACAUCAUGGACUAGGACUACCUUAAAUCAUGCUUAAAUGGAAUGGAGUUUUUCUCUCAUUAGAGAAGCACAAAGAAGCAGAACAUCCUUUUUCAACACAUGCGUGAUAAAUAUUUUUUAUUUUGACCAAUAAAUGUGGGAAUAAGCUUUAACACAAGAAUGAGGCUGAGGGGCGAAAAAGGGCCUUUGUUCCUUCAGCCUUGUUUUCGUGUUAAAGCUUAUUCUUUUUCAUGCAUGUGUUGAAGAAGGGUGUUCUGCUUCUUUGCGCAUAGCCAGUGAGAAAAUCCAUUUCAUUUAAGGUGGUCUUAUGUUGAAAACAAUGUAAAUAGUUGUGACAUAACUACCGAAAAGGUCUAUGAGAAACAACACUUUAAAACUGCACAGAAAUAUUGUAAAAUGAAACCUAGCCACAGCUUGGACAAAAGAAACACACUUUAUACAUGAGGAGAAAACAUGCAAAUAUGAUUGUGAAAACUGGAAAGUAGAUUUAAUUGUCUCAUGUUGGCAACUUGUUUCUCAACAACCUCAUUCCCAGGCUCUUUCCUCUUGUGGAGCAAAGACCCUGGCUGGGGCUGGUCACGUGGCAUGCAGAAAUUUGACCACCUAAGGGGGAGUAGCCAAAGUAUCAAAUUACAUGCUUCCACAUGGUAUGCCAUUUUCCUCGCUUUAGCCAUGUUGGACUACAUUGCUUUUUUGACAUGUCUAGAGUUUGCGGUUUUAAAUAGUUUGUACGAAGAUAAGAUUCUAAAACCGAAGCAAGUUCUUUGCUUAGAAAGUGUCUAUUUAAAAAAUGAUGUGGUGUGUGUUUUGCCAAUGGGCUAUUUCAUCUUCUGCCAAUGUUGUUUGCAAAAUACAAUUUGUGCAACGAUGUGUUUCAAAUUUGGAGACGAGCUUGGAGAAGUUCGAAAGAUAUUUUUAUGGCAGGGGUUAACUCCAUCAUAAUUGUGGUAUCACCGUUAAAAACGUUGAUGAGUGACCUAAGUCGACCGGCAUCCAAGCAUAAAUUAUCGAUGUAAAGGAAUUGAAAAGAGGAUAGUUCUGACGAGAACAUGGAUGAUGACAAUUGUUUUAAUGUUGACAUUGAUUUCCCAUUGAUUUUUCUCACUUGGAGAGUACGGCUUAGGAGACAGACGUGUAUUUAGAAGCUCCGCUAUUUCAUCAAAUAACACACAAUAUCUUACUGUACUCUAGUCACAGUUAGAUCAAUGAUAAAUGGAAUCUUUAAGCUAUAACUUAUGCUUUGCAUGGCAAGGCGAUUAUGAUUCUUUAAAGACAUUUUUAGCGAUGAACUAAAGCUUGAUGGUGUCUGGGAGCAACCUGGAGGUGACAAAAAGAUAUUCUCUACUGCUGAUAUCUCUAUCUCCUGGUGUAAGAACAAGAAUUUGCUGCUUAUUGAAGGGGGUGAGGUGGGCAAAUACACAAAGCCCCUUUUUGAAAGAUCUACGACGACAUAUGUCCACAAGCUACAAGUGCAGAUGGGAGCACCCAAAUGGAACCGGUUAUUUUGCAGUCAACUAAUUGUAAAGUCCAUGAUGUCUAUUCCCAUAUUGAUGAUCUUCGAUCUGGCCAAGAGCUCAACAGAGUUGCAAUCCAAUCUCUAUCACACAUCUGUAGAUCAUCUUACCGAAACAGUUCGAAAGGAAAUAGACAUUAAUCAGCAAUAUAAUAAACCGGUCUGUUCACAAGUUCCCCUCAUAGAAAUUCUACAGGCUCCCGAAAGUGAAGUUAACGAAGCGUUUAAUGACCCCAGUGAAGCCGGAGAAUCGACUCAAGUAUUAGGCAAUCAAUGAAUCGUUUACACUAGAAUCCAGCAAGUCAGCCAGCGACGACAAUGGUGAUGGAUCUGGGAUGUUAACCGGUCCAAUUAAUGACCCCAGCAGAGAAUUGUCUAAAUCAUUAGGCAAUGAAUCGUUGAUUACACCAGAGUCUAGUAAGACAAAGAGUGACAUCAAAGAUGAUGGAUCUAUCUUGUUGAUCGGAGACUCAAUAAUAAAAAAUAUACAUCCCAGGAAAUUAUCUAGAAGGAAAGUUAAUAAACAUUCAUUCCCUGGAAAGACAGCUGAGGAGAUAAUCUCGGAAGUCAAAAAUAUCAAGUCUGAUUCUCCUUCACAUAUUAUUUUGCAUGCUGGCACGAAUAACCUGCCAGUAGAUAAUCCAAGUGUUUGUAUCAAGAAAAUAGAAAGCCUGGUGAUGAAUAUUAAUAAGAAGUUUCCAAAUUCGACAAUUGGUAUUUCUAGUAUCAUGUUAAGGCGUGAUCUAAAUUUGGGAGAGCAGGUCACGAAAGUCAACGAUGGGCUUCAAGUAUUCUGCACGAAGAACGCGUUUAAAUUUAUAGAUAACUGGAAUCUGGACAGUUCAUGCUUGAACGGUAGUCUGUUACAUUUAAAUGCUAAAGGUUCUGCAUACUUGGUUGCCAAUUUUAUUAAAUUUUUACGAGGAAACACUCCCUUUGUUCCCACUACUAGCCCAAAACAAAGACGCAACCAGGAUUUUCUCAACAAAACAGCAAGGCUGAGCUUUCUGGAGGACAUUCUGAGUAUGAUGUUGAGUCCCCUAAGACCCAACAACCGUUCAAGGAGGUCCUGA